AGAUUCCACCUUAGCUUUCUCCACGCAGCUGGACUUGCAUUCGCACAGACACACACCUCCAAAUCCAACACGAGCUCUGCUUAAUUUGCUCUGAUCGAUCAGCCAUGGACUUCGGCGCCGACAUGGACGACUUGUCGCUCCAGUACAUCCACGAGCAGCUGCGGCUGGAGCUGCUCGGCGCCGACCCCUGCGGCCUCCUGCCCCUCCCCGUGGCGGACGACUUCGCCGCGCAGCAGGACUUCAUGCCCGCCGAGUUCCUGCCGCAGCCGCUGCCCGGCUUCGUCGACCUCACGGCGAGCGACUACGCGGACGCGGCAGCGUUCCGCGCGGCGGAGCCGGUGAUGAUACGGUUCGGCGGCGAGGCGUCCCCGGUGUCGGACCCCGCCCGGAGGCCGUCGCUGACCAUCUCGCUGCCCCCGGCCUCGCACGCCUGGGCGGCGGAGGCCGCGGCCGUGGACGCGAACGACUUCCGGAAGUACCGCGGCGUGCGCCAGCGGCCGUGGGGCAAGUUCGCGGCGGAGAUCCGUGACCCCAACAGGCGCGGCUCGCGCGUGUGGCUCGGCACCUACGACACCUCCAUCGAGGCCGCGCGCGCCUACGACCGCGCCGCCUUCCGCAUGCGCGGCGCCAAGGCCAUUCUCAACUUCCCCAACGAGGUCGGCUCCCGCAGCGCCCCCGACUUCGUCGCCCCCCCGCCGCCGCCGCCGCCGUCGCAAACCGCGCGCGCGGCGCCGACGUCCCACAACAAGAGGAAGCGGCAAGAGCCAUGCGUCGGGGACGCCACGAAACACUGCAAGGCCGAUGCGUCCGCGUCGCCAGCGUCGUCGUCGCUCACCUCAACGCCCACCUCGACGGUGACGUCCUGCACCACCACCCCAUCCUCGUCCGACACCGGCGGCAACUACGAGAUGUUCCCGACUAGCUGGACGUGGGAUCAGCUGCUGGCCGAAGGGAUGUUCGGCGGCCUGUCCCCGCGCCAGCAGCUGGGUGGGUUCCCGGAGGUGACCGUGAACUGAGCGCCCGAAAGUGUAGAACCUGUGAAAAGAGUAUGCUAAGCAUGGCGAUUAAUUAGGUGUAAAUUAAGCUGCCAAUAAUUAGUGGCUCCUAGUUCUCGACGGCCUACGCUUUGGACUCAUCUUGGAGCUUGGCCUGGAGCUGUGCACUGUGUACAAGACGAUAGGUAGAAUAUUUAGCGCAUGCAUGUCACGGGUGGUGGACGUAAGCAUCGACGACAUAGGUAGAUGUUGAUAUGUACACACACACUGCAUAUAUAUGUAUGUAAAUUAUUGAGUGAAGAUCAAAGUGUGGGUGCUUGUUUAUGUAAGUAAGUAUAUUUGGAAGGAAA